UCGUGUCAUCCCACAUAUAUAUAUAUUUUAAUUAUAUAAAAAAAGCCAAUUUGCUGUUAGAUUUUCAAUUGAACAACUGCUGCUGGCUAAACAACAAGAAUGUCCACACAGCUUUUCAACGAGAAUGCCACGCAAGAGCGGGCCGAGAAUGCCCGUUUGAGCAACAUCAUUGGCGCAAUCGCCGUCGGAGAUCUGGUAAAGAGCACACUGGGUCCCAAGGGCAUGGAUAAGAUUUUGCAGUCCUCCUCGUCGCGUGGUGACGACGGCCUGGUGGUCACAAACGACGGCGCAACCAUUCUCAAAUCCAUCCCGCUGGACAAUGCGGCCGCCAAGGUGCUGGUGAACAUUUCAAAGGUGCAGGACGAUGAGGUCGGCGAUGGCACGACCUCCGUGUGCGUUCUGGCUGCUGAGAUUCUGAGGCAGGCUGAGCAGCUGCUCGACCAGCGCAUCCACCCGCAGACCAUUAUUGACGGAUUCAGACUGGCGACUGCCAAAGCGCGCGAGGCGCUGGAGAACGCCGCGGUGUCGCACAAGGAUGAUGAGGCGCAGUGGCGCGAGGAUCUGCUGAGCAUUGCGCGCACGACGCUGAGCUCCAAGGUCCUUGCCGCCGACAAGCACAAGUUCGCCGAGGUCUGUGUCGAUGCCGUGCUGCGCCUCAAGGGAAGCACCAAUCUGGAUCGCAUUCAGAUUAUCAAGAAGGCCGGUGGAAAGGUCUCCGACUCGUACCUGUCUGAUGGCUUUAUCCUGAACAAGAAGAUCGGUGUCAACCAGCCGCGGUUGGUCAAGGGCGCGAAGAUCCUAGUUGCCAAUACGCCCAUGGAUACCGACAAGGUCAAGGUGUUCGGCGCCAAGAUCAAGGUGUCCGACACCGCACAGCUCGCCGACCUGGAGCGCGCUGAGCGCGAGAAGAUGCGCGCCAAGGUGCAGAAGAUCGCUGCCCUGGGCAUCAACGUGUUUGUCAACCGCCAGCUCAUCUACAACUGGCCCGAGCAGCUGUUCGCCGAUGCCGCGACUGGCCUGGUUACCGGCGGCGAGAUUGCCUCUUCCUUUGAUAAUCCCGAGCUCAUCGCCCUGGGAAGCUGCGACACCGUCGAGGAGAUCAUCAUCGGCGAGGACCGCAUGGUCAAGUUUGGCGGCACCGCAGCCGGAAAGGCCUGCACUGUUGUUCUGCGCGGCGGAACCAACCAGAUGCUCGACGAGGCUGAGCGGUCCAUCCACGACGCCAUUGCCGUCCUCAGCCAGACUAUUGCCGAGCCGCGCAUCGUGUACGGUGGAGGAUGCUCUGAGAUGCUCAUGAGCAAGGCUGUAGACGAGGCUGCAAAGCUGUCGAUCGCAAUGGAGGCCUUUGCGCGCGCCCUGCGCCAGAUGCCCACGAUCCUGGCCGAUAACGCAGGUCUUGACAGUGCCGAUCUGGUUGCUAAGCUGCGCGCAGCUCACUACGAGGGCAGGUCCACCACCGGUCUGGAUCUCUUCAACGGCGACGUCAUCGAUGUGGUUGGCAAGGUCACCGAGAGCUUCAAGCUGAAGCGCCAGGUGCUCCUCAGUGCCUCGGAGGCUGCCGAGAUGAUUCUCCGCGUCGACGACAUCAUCCGCUGCGCCCCCAGACAAAGACGGAACUAGGUUCUUGGUUAAAUACACACAAAAAUGCCAUUUUUAUCCUCAAAUUAAACAGCAAAUGACAAUCAAGAAAAUAGUCUAGAGCUCCCUAAUAAUAA